AGAUGAACCUACCAACCUUGCAUGUACGCCUAUGAAUUCUUCGACUUUGAUGUUUUCUUGGACAAUUCCUGCAAACGGACUAUUUACUGUUGAUGGAUACCAUCUAAAUCUCCAAAGGACUGAUAAUAUUCGUGUAGAAACUAUUCCACAAGUGGACACAGGAAGUGUGUAUGUGGAAAAUUACACGUAUUACAGAAUAGGUAAAUACGCGGAGUAUACGCUAACCAUGCACUCCUACAUGGCUAGCGGCAAUGAUACAGAUGUUACCGUAUCCUGCAGAACUCAUGAGGACGUACCUGAUGGUGGACCCCCGACAGUAAAUUCAACAGGGAUCUCCUACACUGAGAUAUCUGUGGUAUGGACAGAACCAGCCCGAGCCUUCCAUAAUGGCGUCUUGUUGGGUUACAAAUUAAUUUACCACGCAUACCAAAGCCAACAUCCACAAGAGGUUGUGUUUUCUUCGAACGCUACCUUUUCUUAUACCAUUUCCGGUUUGGAAUAUGACACGUGGUAUGUUAUCAGCGUCCUGCCAUACACGACAGUAGGGGAUGGGCCACGGACCUCGUGUCCUGAGAAAACUCUGGGUCCAACAACGUCAGCGCCGGAUGAAGUAACGAAGUACUACUGCUAUGAGGCCAUCCCAGGUAUGCUUGUGUUUUCCUGGGAGUCCAUGCCCUGCACUGUGUACGUGGGUACCAUAGGCGCUCUGUUCCUUUUCAUGCUGAUGUUCAUGGUGUGUUGCUGCUGCAAGGGAUCCUCGGAUAGAGGGGACACUCAAGUUAACAACAACACAAACACACGUGAUGUUGUGCAUUUUAGAGAAAAGGUAAAAGUUGUGUAUGCCAUGAAUAAAUUCAAGAACAACAGAAAUCGGAAGGGUGGAGAGGGUGGACCAGAUGGUAAUGGAGGCACUGAUUACAACCACAAUGAAGAUGGGGGCGAGGAUAUUGACGAUAAUCACAUGGAUGACGCUGGAAAUGAUUUUGGAAAAAAGAAAGGACCAUUUGCUAUCCCGAUGAAAAGAAUGCCAAGGAACGGAAGUAAGGAUACUUUGUCUAGUAGAGAUUAUGAUCCUGCUGGAGACCCAGAACAAAGAGGAAACAGUGAGAGAGGAAAACCGCGAGGUGGCGCUUUUAAGGGAGCAGGAAAGGCUGCUGCGACAUUAGCAGCUCUAAAGGCCCGCGCAAAGAAAAAUAACAAUACAGUGUCACCUUUGAACUUCGAUGACGAAGGUUAUUACGAAGAUGACGAUGAUGGUGAUAAUAACGGGAAUGUAACGACUCGUGACAUUAGGCUGUCCAAUAAAUACCCUGGCAAAAAUUCAAACCCAGACUUUGAAAGGACCAACCCACGGGCUGCUGCGUCAGUUCCGGUUCUGGACAAGAGGUUCAACAGGAACGUGUCGGGUGUGGAUCUCUAUAUUCAGGAUGAAGAUUAUCCGGACAACUCUGACAAUUUCAAGCACCCACCACCUGCGCCUCGAUUUCAUUUGGGUGACGACGCCUCUGUGGAUAUGCCGUAUGCUGCACAAGGGGCAAGUGCGAGCGGCGGGUUCCCUUUUGGUGGGGAGGGUGAUGAUGCCGCGUUUUUCUAAAUUAUUUUCAAGUUUCUAGAUACUCCAGGUUGUCCAAAUCCUACAGCAUUCUGCUGAGAAUCCACGAAUAAGGAACAUUAUAUGUCUAUAGAGUGUCGAAAGACGAUUAAAAAUUAUCAUAUGAUUUACAGAGCCAGAAAAUGGUUGGCGGAAAAGUCCUCAUUGGGGCUUCUAGCAAAAAGUAGGACAAUUUCUUUAGUUUUGGGAAUUAAUGCACACAUGUACACAUGGUCUGUUUUGAUAAUAUUUUAUGUAUUCGCGUUGCUUAUGAAUCUAUGGAAACGUACUCGUUUCGUUCAUUUUCACAAAAAUUAUAAAUCUAUGGUUAUUUUUGUAAUUUUGAAUCCGAAUAGGUUGUUUCUAGAAUUUCAUCAUGUUUUAAUAAAAACCAGUGGACUUUAAUGCUUGUAGCUGUAGCCUGUUUAUCUCGGUGUGCAUAGUGAAAAGUUCAGAACUCUCUAACUCUCUCUCUCUCUCUCUCUCUCUCUCUCUCUCUCUCUCUCGUAUAAUUUUGUUAAACAAGUCGGCUAAUAUUUUGAAAUAUGUGGGACAUCUUACUUAAUUCAAUCACAGUAAUUUAAUGAGAUUUGUAAGAUUUACUUUGGUGCAUAUGUGGUGCAGAAUUUCAAAUCCGAUAAAGAGAUUAAUUACUGGUCAUGAUCGCUAGAUUUACAUGUAUUUAUCACCGGCUAAUUCACUUUGAUAUUAUCAGUGGUAUACAUGGAGUCCGUUAUAAUAUAAUAAAUAUAUUCAUAUGCAA